AUGGCAGACGAGGCCGCAGCCAUUCUUACUCAGUUGGAUCAAGCUCGCGAGCUUGCAUUCUCCAACUCCGACAUGUUCCCCCAGGUCGUCAAGCAGAUCCUCAAUUUGGUCAACCAUCCAUCUCUAGACAUCCAGAGAUGGUGUGCCCUCUUCCUUAAGAAAGCAUUUAGCGCUGGACCUGAAAUUGUGUCUGCUGGUGUUAAAAUUGAUUUGGCCAUAGAUGCUUUGGUACCUGUAAAGACAUUGGCCCAGACCAAAGAUCUUGAAGUGUUCAAGGCAGUGAUAGACUUGAGUAUCACCUUAUACAAGCUUGUGUUCCGCUAUGUUGCCGACAACGACGGCAGCCAUAAUAUCUGGGAUAAUCUUCGAAACCUCAAGAAUGACCUUAUUUACAAGUUUGAUCUGCAAUUUCCUUUUGAGCCUUCCUUCGAUAAAGAACACGACCAGGUGAGAAACUUAGACUCGAAGUUAGAGCUUCUUAAGUUGAUAUUUACUGUUAUUGAUUACCAGCUGCGUUCGGUUUCUACGAGAUACUACUCCUUGGCUCGUGUCAACCCAAGCCAUACGCUUAUCAAGACUGGUCCAAUGGAAUCAGAAGCACACUCUCUCUUGGAGAAGGUUUUGGCUCCACUUCAAGAUGAUAUCUUGGUUACUCCAGUUAUAACAGCUGUUCUUAAUCAUUUGGCUGUUAUUGUGCGUAGAAAGCGUCAGUUCAUCGACCGUGUGAUUCCAGUCCUUGAGUCUUUUGAGUCUAACCAGAAGCUUCAGUCUAAUUACGAAUCCUUGGAAUCGUUCAAAUUGUCUAAGAAAUACUGUGACAGAGCUUUGAGAGUCUUACUUAAUUACAUGACCAAAUGCCAGGUUGUGCCACCAAACUUCCAGAAUGCCGUUAACAGGAAAAUAUCUACACUUACAGCAAGAGGUGAUGACAUCAGAAAGAAGAAUAUCUUGGAAUCGUCUCCAGAUGACCAGAAUAUCAAGAAGCGCAAGUAUGAAGGCUUUGAGAAUCCGCUGAAGAAGAUCAAGACGCUAGACUACAAGCAUUUGUAUGGUUUGACUGAUGUGAGCAGUGACCUUAAUAACUUCGACUUAUCCACUCUCCCGCAGAACAUAUUAGUGUCUAUGGCACUCACUGCUUUGCUGCGUGCAGAUGUGAAGAAGCUUACAAAGGCUUUGGAAAUUGUUAGUGAGAGGUACAGCGAUACAGUGAAGGAUUUGGCCAAUGUCAAGACCGAGCAGUCCAACCAAGUGGGUGGUGAUGAUGAUGAGGAGGAUGACGAUGAUGCUGCUGAAAACUUCACUUCCGAGACCACAUAUACGGUUCCUCCACCUAAAGCGCUUUCAUUCCAGGAAAAGAAGGACCACGUCAAGAUGAUCGUGGACAACUUCUUCCAGCUUUCGCAAAAGGGUGGAAACAGUACUGAUCUAAUUGAAAGUGCCGAUGGAAAUGUCAACAAGGAACUCACGAAGGUUGCCAUCAAAACAUGGAACCAAGAUUCGUGGCUUAUUCUACUCACCAGAUUGGCUGCUAGAGGUAUGCAUACGAUAGAAGGAGAUGAAGAGAAGCUGCCGGACGUGGCUCAAAACGAAGAAUUGAGCGAUAUCAUCAGGCAAGCCCUUUUCGAUUAUUUCUUAGGAAACAUCCACGAGAGAGUGGAUACCACCAUUGAGUGGCUUAACGAAGAAUGGUACAGUGAAAGGGUGAGCAACGAAGAGAAGCUCCGUCAGGAGAUUGAGGAGAAGUGGCAGAAGAAGUACGAAGAGGACCCCAAUGGCGUGAGCGAUAUCCAGGAGAAAAUCGACCAGGAGGUGGAGAACAUCGAGGUGCAAACACCGCGUUACAACAAGUGGUGCCAGAAAGUGUUAGAUGCCAUGAUCCCAUUUUUGGAGCCUACAGAUAGAAAGAUCUUCUUGAGAAUGGUAAGCGACUUGCCGUACCUCAAUGAGAGCAUGCUUGGAGGCAUCAAGUCGUUAUGUGCUGAUCCAGCCCGGUCCAAGCUUGGAUUUUUGUCUCUACAAUUUUUGGUCAUGUACAGACCGCCCGUCAAAGAAGCCUGUUUUAACGUUUUACGCCAACUCAAAGACAGUGACCAGGAAGACUUAAAGGAGGAGGCGCUGAAACUUCUCACCAAGUAUGGACAAUAG